GUUUGUGAGCAGAUCUGAUUUUAAAUUUUAUUUCUUUUCUUGGCAAACUUUCAGUUUUCGGAAGCCAAUGACAUCUUUGUAGCCCUCCACUUUUGGGAGGUGAUGUUCGAUUAUAACGUGAUCCGACAGCACGGCCCUCAAUAGUUUCCUGUUUCUGAAAUUUGAUUUUCAACUAAGGCUUUGGAAAAUAAGCAAAUAAAUACCUACCUAUCUAUCGGUUGAAAAUCGGAUGUGAAUAAUACCCAGAAAUCAACAAAAACCUGUUCAUUGUUCAAUCGCACCAACUGGCGUUGAUGACGUCGCCUGACUCACAAACAACAAAUUUGGUCAACUCAGUGACAUGACCACCGGCCCUGCCGGCUCUGCAUCUCAGUCACUGACCAGCCUAGUGGCCAUAUGCUUCAUUCAGCGCGGCUCCCGCCUACCCGCCGGCGCCGCGGCGGUCAGGUCGCGAGGUGCGGCUCGUCGCUCGCGGCCGGCCGGCGGGCGAAAGUGACCGCGCCGGCCAGCCUGUGACCGGCGGCCGGUCGGCCCUGCGAGUCUACCUCCGGCUCUGGUGGAGGGAGAUCAGAGGGGGGCGGGGGGCCGACUGGCGGAGCCGGUCACACGGCCGGGCCGACCGCAGACACCGCAGUUCCAUUGGAGAGCUGGAGGAGGUGACACCGGAGCACGAGACGCACCAGGAGCGGGCAGCGUCCGCGGCAUCCGACCUGCGGGACAGCGGGGUCACUAGCCCACUUCCAGCCAACGCCUGGGGUCAUUGGCCACCCUCGGCCACCUCGUAGCCUCACCAACGGCCUCCACUUCAUCCAAAAACGUCAUCAACAGUCACAAGUCCACCCAGAGCACCGCCAGCCCCCAUUAGUACCCGACAAGCGUCAUGCACGCCAUGGAGUCCCUAAUGGAGAUUGGACGCGGUCUGGCGAAUCGGCGCGACCCCCGCUUGCGAGACUACAUCAUGCAGUCGUCCUGCGUGCCCCUGACGGCGGCCAUGGUUGCCUAUUUGGUGCUCAUCUCGUAUGGACCGCUGUUCAUGAAGAACCGGCGCUCGCCGCCCCUCAAGCGCGUCAUGACUCUCUACAACAUUGGCCAGGUUUGUCUGAGCUUCUACAUGAUGAUGGAGUUCUGGCUGAGCAGACCCUCAAACAAACUCUGCUCACCCAUCGAGGUUAGUGACAACAGCAAGGCGAUACGGCUGGCCAACGCCUGCUGGGUCUUCCACAUCAGCAAGCUGGUCGACUUCCUGGACACGGUGUUCUUGGUGUUGAAGAAGGACAACAAGCGGCUGACCUACUUGCACGUCUACCAUCACGGAUCGAUGGCCUUCGGCUUCUGGCUCUGCACCUUAUUCGUUCCCGGCGGCUCUGCAUGGAUUGCCGGCGUCAUCAACAGUUUCGUGCACUGCGUUAUGUACGGCUACUACCUGCUGGCCAGCCUGGGUCCGCGCGUGCGGCCCUACUUGUGGUGGAAGCGCUACCUCACCCAGCUGCAACUCGCCCAGUUCGCCUUCAUCGUAGUCGCCGCCUGGACUGUUCAGAUGCCGUCGAUGCGCUGCGGCCUGCCGUUCUGGACGUGCUCCAUGUCGGCCGUUUAUUUGGUCGUGCUCAGCGCGCUGUUCCUCAACUUCUACCGCCAGUCGUAUGGGGGCCCGGCGGCCGCCUGUGGGGCCAUCCACCCGCCGCAGCCCGUCACCACCCCCACUGACGUCACACCCCCUGCUUACGUCACCGAAAAGCCCAAGACCGAGCCGGCACCGGCCCCGCUGCCGGCCCCCGAACUGGAGAAACCCGCCGAAAAGUCGCUCUCGGAUUAUCGUGUGGGCACUCUGAACCACUUUGUGCGAGCGAUGAUGUCCCAUGGCUUCGGAUGUUUCAUCAAGGAGGACUGAAGAGAUUGAGAAGUCCUUUGCGAAAGUUUUCGUCGUCUUCGUUUUCAACAUCCGAGCGAUAGAGACGCCGAUAAAAUGACCUAGUGGAAAAGAUCUCCACGAAGCAGCUUUGGUGAAAGUGGAACCUGGUGCGAGCGCCGAGCAGUGAAUCGUGAAACGAGAGUUUCAGUACAGCGCGAAUAUCACCAUUCUCGUUGGUGAGGCAGGCUUCAGGCUCCUGUUUUAUUCAGAAUCAGAAGUGGUGUAAAUAAUAGGAAUAAGGUGAAAACGAGCUCAGUGGUGACAUCACGCGAAGGAUAGCAAAUAGUGACCUUAAUGCUGCUCGGCACGGGCACGCUGGGCACGCUGGGUCCCAACCACUUCUUUGGCAAGCGCGGUGACACUGACAUUGAACCGUCAGACUGCUUCGACGACUUGAGUCGUAUGUACUUACAGUGUGAAUGGCGCCACGCUUUGUAAUAUUUGUGGCAAAAACGCAUGCUGUUUACUUGAUGUCUACUAGCUUUUACUUUAAGAACCUUUCCAACAACUUUGUGAUAGGAAAGAUGGGGACUUUGUACAUUUUUUUGCAAAGCAGUUUCAAUGCAGUUGAUAUUUUUUUCCGGUUCUGCGAUCCUGUUUUAUGCCUGUUUAUCUUUACGACCUCCUACCUGUUCUAUCAUUCCAAAUCUCUUAAAUUGUAAGUGCCAGGACACAAAGCUGUGCUUGAUCGCAUGAUCUCGUGUAAAUAUGACGGUAAUAUUGUGUCGGCCGCCGUGACGAAAUCGCACGUACUGUGUGCUGUAGCAGCGAAAUUGGAUUGGCUUCCAAUCAAGGCCGUGAUGGCGUAUGUGCCGCGUGUUAUUCCGGCGAAAUAGUGAACUCUGCAGAGAUAUCGCGGACGAGUUAGCGGUGAUUUCGCUAAUACUUUCGCGACGAUAUCGCUGAAACUUUCAAGAGCGACAACAUCCCGAGACCUUCACUGGCGAGCGUGGAUACUUCGAAUCACGGACGAUAUCGCGAAUAAUUAAGUGACGGUGUUACGGACGCUUUGGUGAUGAUAUGCUGUGUAUUAUAAUGGUGAUGUUACGUGUACUUUGUGACGAUUUCGCACGUUCCGCGGACUGAAGCACCGUAUAGUCGUGAGUAGUGUAGUGACGAAAUCGUGGAUGGGCGACGAUACCAGCUGUGGAGCUGACCACAUUCCAAGAGAGAAAUCUGCCGGAAAGGUGGGUAAUAAAGCAAUCCGCACUGGAUCGAGUGACAAUUAUGCUGUAGAACAAGACACUAGGGCAUACUCUAGUUCGUGGUCGGCACAUUUCAGGCAUGGAAUGGGGAAUAGCAUAGUUGUCAAAACUGCCAUGUUGUAUGAGGUUGUGAAAAGUCAUAGCUGUAGACGACUUCAUUGGAGCUCGGACAAGUGAUAGUUACAUUGUGCGUUACUUCGCAAUCAAAUGUAUACGGUGGCGUGUCCAUUCACAGUCGUAGUAAUAAAGUGAGAGCAGCU